UUGCAAACUUUAAAAAUUACAGGAUACAAAACUAUGGCUUGGACGGGGUAUCAAAAAUUUCUUGCCAUAAUGAUGGUUAUUACAGGCUCAAUUAACACUCUGAGCACUAAGUGGGCAGAUAAAUUAGAGUCCAAAGGAUCCAAUGGAGAAAUCAGAGCUUUUAAUCAUCCAUUUCUUCAGGCAGCUACAAUGUUCUUAGGGGAAAUAAUGUGCUUAGUGACUUUUAAGAUGGUAUACUAUAAAACAAGAAAUACUGGGGGCCACACUUUGACACAUGGCAACCAGAAUUUUAAUCCUUUUAUAUUAAUGCCGGCUGCAAUGUUUGACUUGAUUGGUACCUCAAUAAUGUAUAUAGGCCUUACACUCACUUAUGCAAGCAGUUUCCAAAUGUUUAGAGGAUCGAUCAUCCUUUUUGUUGCAGUGUUCUCUAUGACAUUUCUGAAUCGACAAAUAAUUACUAGAGAGUGGGUUGGAAUAAUUGGAGUGCUUUUGGGUCUUAUAAUAGUUGGAGCUACGGAUGCCAUAUACCAAUCUCCAGGCGAGGCUAAAGGAAGGAAUAGCCUUAUAACAGGCGAUAUGUUAAUCAUUGUAGCUCAGGUUGUUUCUGCUUGCCAAAUGGUAUAUGAAGAAAAAUAUGUUGCAGGCUUAAACAUCCCUUCAAUGCAAGCAGUUGGCUGGGAGGGAAUAUUUGGUUUUUCCGUUCUUUCAGUACUGUUGGUGAUAUUUUACUGGGUACCUGCACCAAGCCACUUCGGAAAUAAUCCUCGAGGCACUGUGGAAGACGCGAUUGAUGGCCUAAUUCAAGUUGGCAACAAUCCACUUCUACUCAUGGCAGUGAUAGGAACAAUAAUUUCUAUUGCUUUCUUCAACUUCGCUGGAAUAAGUGUUACCAAAGAAAUGUCAGCGACUACAAGAAUGGUGCUAGAUUCUAUAAGAACGUUCGUCAUUUGGAUGGUAUCACUGGCAGUGCGUUGGCAAGCAUUCCACUGGCAACACCUUGUAGGCUUUGCGAUAUUAAUUUUAGGCAUGUUUAAAUAUAACGGUGCGUUGCCAGAAUGCUGGCCUCUUCGAGGUAAUAAUGCAACAGUACCUGUACCACAAGAGGAACGGGGCGUGGUGAAUGAUGAAGCAGACAGACUGGAGCAAGAAGCAUGA